UUACACUCAAGUCCUCCACCAUCCCCCGCUUCCGUCGCGAAGUGAUGACGCGCCACAUAGCGACCGCGGCGAGUUCUUCCCGGGAGACGAGCGGUUUCAGCUCGAGCUUUCUCCCACCGGUGCCAGUAUUAAUAGCUUUUUUGCUUACAUUUGGCUGUGGGAAAAUGAGACUAGCUGAAAAAUAUUGUGCAUAGGUUUAGCAGGUCACCCAAAAGCUAUUUUUUUAAGAGCAUUUAUCGUUUCAACGUAAGAGUUGCAUGCACCCGGGCAGUGACAGACCGCGGGAAAAUGUCGUUACUUCCUGUGUGAAGAAGUCUUGGCGCGACUCAAACCUUGUAAACACAAGGAGGGAACAUAAUAAUACGGGAGACUCUCCUUAAGAAAUUAAACAGCAAUUGAAAAUAUGGAGAUUAGUGAUACUUCUAGUGUUGUGGUCCCCGCUGCCACUGAAGACUCGGUGGAUAUUUACGAGGGCCUGGACAUUGGAAUUGGCAGUAAUGCAGAGGGCCCUUCUCCCACUAGCUCUCAGUUAAAAGAGUCUAUGGAUCUUUAUGAAGACCUUGUGACAGAGGAACAGCAGAGCCGAGACUCGUCCUACACUGAGUUAGAGUCCAGAUUCAAAGCAGCUCAAAGUCAAAUCAAAGAGUUGCACCGGAGGCUGGAACAGGUGGAAAUGAAGAAUGCAGGGUUAAGCAAGGAGAACCACUCUCUCAAAAUGAACAUCUCUGCUCUUCUGCGAACAGCCAGACAGGAAUUAAAGCGAAAAGAUACGGAGAUUGAAAAGUUGAAUCAGUGGGCAGACAGAAGUCGGCACCAUCAGUCUCACACGUCUCGCCUUAGGGAUCCACAUUCCUCCAGUCAGACCUCAGCAGUUCCUUCCCAGUGUUUGGUGCCUCCUCCACAAACAUCUAGUCUUCCUCAGCCAGUAACAGCUUCCCUUUCACCCACCAGGGCCAGUCAUUCCCAUAAAGAUCUGCCUCAGCCUACAAGGAAGGAAAGUUAUAGUCUGACAAAGUCUUCAAAAGAAUCACUUGUUAGCCAUUCAAAAAGAGAAACUGAAACGGCCGACAAACACACUGAACCAGACAAACACAAGUCCAGAGACGGAGACCCAAAACGGAGAAGGCACCACUCAUCUGAAUCAACUGAUAAAAGACACAGAGAUUCUUCAGAUCCUAGCAAGGACUCUUGUGUUUCUGGGAAAAACAGGUCUCACAAAGCAGACAGAGACUUUGGACGAAGACAUGACUCCAGGUCCUGUAAAAGCAGGGGCUACCCAAAGGAGGGCCACCAGAGGUCGGAUGGAGCUAAAACCCCUCCACCAGAGACGUUACAUAGUGCUGCUGACAACAGGAAAGGCUGCAUUCAGGAUUGUAAAAAGGCCAAAGUCAAAUUGCUUCCUUCAGAACACAAUAGUGGUACAGCUCACAGCCCAAAAGAUGACUACAGCCGAGCUCAUCGAAAAAUGAAGAGUAGUCGUUCUCAUGACAGCCAUUCCAAUUCAAAGGAACGGAAUAAGUCCUCUUCAAAUCAACAUUAUGAGCCUAGAGAGAAGGAAAGGGAUAGGCAGAAGGACAACCAGAGCACGGGGGACAAAGGACACCAGGGGGAAGGCAGUAAACAGCACAGGAGGAGCACUCAGCCGGAGACCAGCAGAGAAGAAGGGAAGCGGAAAGUCCAAAACCCAGAGAGACGUAGCAUGGACCUCCAUGCUGAGGAAAAGGCCCAGAAAGCUGCUAAAAGGCCCCCCAAAGAAAACCACAUUUGUGAUGAAAACAGUCCAAACAGGAAACUGUGUUUUAUGGAAACUUUGAAUCUAACCAUUUCACCCAUUAAAAAGCCUGGAGAAGUCCUGCCGAUCAACAAGGACGGCAGUGGAACUGAUGAGGGUUCCCAGCCUGACAUUGAAGACCUGUGUGUAAUUGAUGAGGUACACAACAGUGAAUUAGAAACCCAGACGGUGGAUGGAGGAGAUGCUGCUGAAGCCUCAUGUCAAAAGGACGUGAAGGCUAAAAACCUGAGCCCAACAGGGGACACUGUGCUCCAAACUACCUCAGAUCCCAGCCAACCGCUGGAUUCUCCUGUGAAGCACACAGCUCCUGAACAGCCCCCCGCUGCCAAGGGUCCCGUGGGUCCUUUUGUGAAGGCAGCCGACAGCUCAGAGCAGGAGGCCAGAGCGUGCCAGACAUUAGCUGUCCCAGUCAGAGCUGAGCCCGGCACCACACCGGGAGUUUCUGAACAGCUUCUGCAGAAAGGCCCUCCUGGGAAAGCCCCCGACGGACUGCAGGAUGCACCACAAACAGCAGCAGCUCAGAGCAUCUCCCCAGACUCUGUCAGUGAACCGGCAGUCUCUUCAAGCCUGAAAGAACCCCCAAUGACUCCAGACGUAGCUGAGAAGCUGCAAAUGCCUCCUUCUGUCCCGUCCUUCAGCUGCCAGCAGGAGCCCUCUCCUCCUUCCUCAACCAGUUUCACUCACCAGGAAGACUGCUGUGGGCAGCCAGACGCUCCCAAAGACAUCGACACCGUGUCCAGUACAAUUAGUCUGGAUUCCCUGCCACAGGAGGGGCUGAGUUUAACAGAAGCCAUAUAUGUUUUAACUCAAACUAAUGCAGACACUGGUGACAGCAGCACGCUCCCAGCUGAGCCCACUUCCUCCACCGGUUGUAUUGGAGUUUCUAAAGUCAGCAGUACCACCGAGGACAAGCACAGUGUCCCUAUGGUGACUCCCAAGAAACGCCUCAGCCCUGCAAAGAGCCAGGAGUGUGGGGCCCAGCCCUCCCACUCUGUGCCCUUACUCCACGAUGAGGACUCCAUGAUGCACACGCUGAGCAACCUGCAGACCAUCCCUGAUGCCAUCAGCCCCCUGAGGAGCCCUGUGCGGAUCGCCCGGAGAAGUCUGCUCCACCUGCACAGCAAACCCGGGCAUGUCAAAAGUCUUCAGAAGGAUUUCUCCACUCCUGGGAUUGAUGAGGACUCCAAGAAGUUGGACGUGAACAAAGAGAACAAAUAUCCCGGUGUCCCUGCAAACCGUGAUGCACAGCACCUGUCGGAGAAGGGAACAGAGCUCACAUCAGGCCUCUCCGACACAGAGUUAGAAGAAGGGGAAAUUCUGAGUGAAAGUGAUGAGGCCGCCUCAGGUUCACCUGGACCUCCAGCCAAGAGGGCAAAGCUAACUCAGCCAGUCAGACAUAAUGCCAGCCCUGCGUCUGUUUUAAGGAGGAAGUCAGAAGAAAGGCGUAUUGCUUCAAAAGACACUUCUGAAGCAGCUGGUGCAUCAACUCAAAGCCCCAAAAGCCGUUUCAAAACAGUCUGCCCCUCAGCAGGCAAAGCCGCCUUUUCCUCCAUAGAGGAAAUCAUGGACACAUUCAAGCUGGUUCGCACCGAGAUCCGGAAAAAAUACAUGAAGCUUCACAAGACUUUUCCCAGGAAGAGCUUCUACGGCGUGAUGGACAACUUCCAGAAGUCUUUCUUAGAGUUCGUGGACGGUGCUCACUUUGGCCAUGUGUGCAGUAAAGCAGAUGAGCUGAAGCCCAAGCUCAGGUCGCUCAUCUCCUCGGUGUUUAGCAAAGUCCUGAACAACGGCAUUGUCAAACGCAUCUUUGAGCAGCAAGCAACUGAUCUGAAGCAGAAGCUGUGGGACUUUGUGGAUGUGCAGGUGGACUUCCUGCUCAGGGACAUCCACACUACUCUGACGGGCCUUUGCAAAGCGGCCAGAGCUCCAGCCCAGGACGCGCUGUCCCGUGGAGCUGAGGCCGGACCCCAGCAGCUCAGGGAGGGGCCUUCUCCCCCCACCAGCUCCAGCCAGCCCAGGUCAUGUGCCCUGGUGCCCUACAGAACAGGACUAGGAAGCAGAGGCAAAGACAUCAGAAUCACGCAUGCUAAAAAGGAGCCGCCCAACACUCAGAACCCACCGGCUGUGGAUGAGCCUCCCUCUCAGAAAAAGCUUCCUCCCACUGCAGAAAAGCCAAAUGUGUCCUCUCUGGUGGUCUCUCAAAGUGGCUCUGUGCUGGAUAGGGCCGACUUUGAGCUCCUGACAGAGCAGCAAGCCUCCAGUUUAACCUUCAACCUGGUGAGAGACUCUCAGAUGGGGGAGAUCUUCAAGUGUCUGCUGCAGGGGUCAGAUCUGUUGGAGAGUGCUGGGGACAACACUGCCUGGGCUCUGGGCACACCCAGGAAGGACGGGGACAGGUUCUUCAGCAUCGCCACUCCGUCCAAACUGGAUUCUCCAUCCAAGCUGAUGUCUCCCGCCAAGUUUGAGAGUCCCUCUAAACUUAUUGCCACAUGGGCUAACAUUUCCCCCCGCAGGCUGCUAUCCCCGCGGCUAAAGGAGCAGGUUCCUCUCAACCCAGCGCUGUUGGAUGAAAGCUGCCUCUUAGAGGUCCCCUCAGAGAACCGGGCUCUGCUCCAGACCUCCCACAGGUCCUACUCCAUUCUUGCUGAGGAUCUGGCCGUGUCCCUCACCAUCCCGUCUCCUCUGAAGUCCGACAGCCACCUGAGCUUCCUCCAGCCGGUGGGCACGCAGCCCCUGUCCACUCCAGACAGCGUGCUCAGCGCCCACAUCAGUGAGGACGCCCUGAUGGACGGGGAGGACGCCACCGAGCAGGACAUCCACCUGGCUCUGGACACGGAUAACUCCAGCCGUGGCUCCAUCAGCAGUGGGGCCUCAGAAGCCCCUCCCACCUCCUUCCUGUUCAAGCCUGACGUGCCCAUGCAGGCCCUGGUGAUGGAGAGGUCCAAUGACCACUUCAUAGUGAAGAUCCGACAGGCCAGCGCCGACCCGGACGCCACGCUGACGGCAGAGGACAGCUUAAGCUGCACUCUGACAGAAGAAGCUAACGGGGCCGCCCAGCAAAGUCCAGCUCAGCCCCGUGCUCCCCCCAUAGAGCACACGGCCACCUCAGCCACAGGCUCCUCCACAGGCUCCUCCCCCCCCAAAAACAACCAGCUCCACCAAAGUCAGGCCAGCUCUGCUCAUCACAAGGCCCCAAAACAUCCUGCUACCAACAAGUCCUGUGCUUUAAAUGAGCCUUUAGGCCCCCCCCAGAGCACGGUGAGUGCUAAGGAGAGGGCCGGCCAGGCACUGCCCACACACAACAUCACCAAAGAAGGUCCUCCAACUGCUCAGGACAGAGUCAGCCCCUCCUCAGCUCACUGUGGGCGUCCUCCCUCUGAGAACACACACACCGGUCAGCAAGAUCACCGGGAAUCAGGAAGUCCCCGCUGGUCAGACCCGGCCGGCAGCUGUCCAGACAAAAGGCCUGAGCGCAGCAGGAAACGCAAGAAGCUCCCAGACAGAGUGCAGGUCAAGAUGGCCAGAGAGGAGGAGGACAGCCCAGAGUGUUCCUCUGGGAUGGAGCAGGAGGAGCCCCUGUCCAGCCCCGCGGGGCUGUCGCCCAGCAGCCUGUCGGCCAAAAACCUGGUCAGGAAGAAGGGAGAGGUGAUCGCACACAGGUUUUACCAGCUCAUGAAGCUUUUCAAGAGGCAGGAGAAGAUGGAGCCCUGACUCUCCACAGUGCGCUGCCCCAAGAGGACCAUGACAGGAGCUCCUGGAGGCCACCGUCUGAAGAACACACGUUUGAUCUUCACAGUU